ACACACUCUCUUGAUUCUAUAUUUUAAUCAUUUUGUACACAAUCUCUUCUAAUUUCUCUAUAUAUAUCCGUGUUUCUUCCCUCAUCUCUCCGUGCAACUGUAAGUCAGUAACCAACACGAUCGCUUGAGUUCUUUCUUUUUCUCCGUUCUUCACUGAUCUCUCUUUCCACCUUCCUUAUUCGUGCCAUAUAUAGAAAGAUUUUUCCGGAGAUAUUUCCUGUGUGAUUGCUCUAUUCGGCUUACUGCCUUACCAUAUCUGUAACGUAUCGCAAAGAUUGUGCAUUAUAAUUGUGGUUAAUAGAAAAAUUGGUCAAAAUUUGUUCUACCUUCCUUCAUUGCGUUGAUUUUGAUUUGGUUGAGAUUGGAUUUCAGAAGAAUUGCAUUCCAUAUUCAGAACCAUUUGCAAACUAUUUCAACCCUUUAUCCUUCAUAAUCACAACCAAAGGUUUCCUUGGGCUUCGAGUUUAUAAGUUUUAUAUUCUCUUCUUUUGUGAUUUGUGAUCUCUGUUCUUCCCCUGCUUUCCUUUGUUCUUUCUCUGUUUUCUACCGCCAUGGCACCCCCUAAUGAUCCCGUUAACUCCAGCUUCACUGUCCUGAAAUCUGAUAAGGACAACUUAUUUGAUUUGUCUGAUGGUAAACUCUCUCUGAAAAAUGUGCCAUUGCUCUCUGAAGUUCCUAGCAAUGUCUCUUUCAAAAGCUUUUCUUCAUUAUGUCAAUCCUCUGAUGCGCCACUUCCCUUGUUCCAGCGCGUCCAGUCCAUAUCGUUUAAGGGUGGGUUCCUUGGAUUCAGUAAGGAGGAACCAUCCAAUAGGCUGAUGAAUUCCCUUGGCAAGUUCAGCCAUAGAGGUUGUCUUAGCAUUUUUCGGUUCAAAACAUGGUGGUCUACCCAGUGGGUUGGGAGUUCUGGGUCAGAUUUACAGAUGGAGACCCAGUGGGUACUCUUAGACGUCCCUGAAAUAAGGUCUUAUGUCCUUAUAGUCCCAAUAAUUGAAGGGAAGUUUAGGUCAGCACUUCAUCCUGGCACUGAUGGUCAUGUCAUGAUUUGUGCUGAAAGUGGUUCUACUCAAGUGAAAGCAUCAUCUUUCGAUGCAAUCGCUUAUGUCCAUGUGUCUGAAAAUCCCUACAACUUGAUGAAAGAGGCUUAUAGUGCUCUUAGGGUCCAUCUCAAUACCUUUAGGCUGUUAGAAGAGAAAUCAAUCCCACCUCUUGUCAACAAGUUUGGUUGGUGCACUUGGGAUGCAUUCUAUUUAACCGUAGAACCUGCUGGAGUUUGGCACGGUGUGAAGGAAUUUUCCGAUGGAGGCAUUUCCCCUAGGUUUGUCAUCAUUGACGAUGGCUGGCAAAGCAUCAAUCUUGAUGGUGAGAACCCACAUGAGGACGCAAAAAAUCUUGUUCUAGGUGGGACUCAAAUGACUGCAAGGCUUCAAAGGCUUGAUGAGUGUGAGAAAUUCAGAAAGUACAAGGCUGGAUCCAUGUUAGGUCCUAAUCCUCCUCCAUUUGAUCCAAAGAAGCCAAAGAUGUUGAUCUCAAAGGCAAUCGAGCUUGAGCACGUCGAGAAGGCUCGUGACAAGGCAACUCAAUCUGGGGUUACUGAUUUAUCCCAAUAUGAAUUACAGAUUGAAAAAUUUAAACAGGAAUUGAAUGAAAUGUUUGGAGGAGGAGAAGAAACUAUUUCCACCCAAGGCUGUGGAAGCUGUUCUUGCAAAGCUGAAAGCUUUGGAAUGAAGGCUUUUACUAAAGAUUUGAGGGAAAAUUUCAAAGGAUUGGAUGAUAUUUAUGUUUGGCACGCUCUGUGCGGUGCAUGGGGCGGGGUGAAGCCAGGAGCAACCCAUCUCAAUUCGAAAAUAGUUCCUUGCGAAGUCUCUCCUGGACUAGAUGGGACAAUGACAGAUCUUGCAGUGGUGAAAAUUGUUGAAGGCAGCAUAGGGCUUGUUCAUCCUGAUCAAGCAGAUGAUUUCUAUGAUUCAAUGCAUUCCUACCUUUCUAGAGUUGGAAUCACAGGAGUUAAAGUGGACGUCAUUCAUACACUGGAAUAUGUGUCUGAGGAAUAUGGAGGCCGGGUUGAGCUUGCAAAGGCUUACUAUAAGGGGCUUUCGAAAUCCCUUUCAAAGAACUUCAAUGGUACUGGACUCAUCUCUAGCAUGCAACAAUGCAAUGACUUCUUCCUGCUUGGGACUGAACAGAUUUCUAUUGGAAGAGUUGGUGAUGACUUCUGGUUCCAAGAUCCAAAUGGUGAUCCAAAUGGCGUCUACUGGCUACAAGGGGUUCAUAUGAUCCACUGUGCCUACAACAGCAUGUGGAUGGGUCAGAUCAUACAGCCCGAUUGGGAUAUGUUUCAAUCGGAUCAUCUGUGUGCGAAAUUCCACGCUGGAUCAAGGGCAAUAUGUGGGGGGCCUAUCUAUGUGAGUGAUUCAGUGGGUGGUCAUGAUUUUGAUCUCUUAAAGCAGCUUGUGUUCCCUGAUGGUACCAUUCCCAAGUGCCAGCAUUUUGCCCUUCCAACAAGAGACUGCAUCUUCAAGAAUCCACUCUUUGACGGCAAGACCAUUCUCAAGAUCUGGAAUUUCAAUAAGUAUGGAGGGGUUAUCGGUGCCUUCAACUGCCAAGGAGCCGGUUGGGACCCUAAGGAACAAAGGAUCAAAGGCUACUCACAAUGCUACAAACCAAUGCCGGGUUCAGUUCAUGUGAGCGAGAUCGAAUGGGACCAAAAGAAGGACGCAGCUGAAAUGGGUGAAGCUGAGGAGUAUGCAGUCUACCUUAGCAAGGCCGAGAAACUGUUCUUGACAACGCCCAAGUCUGAAGCCAUUUUAAUGACCAUUCAACCAUCUACUUUCGAGAUUUUCAGCUUUGUGCCAAUCAAGAAGCUCAAUCUGACCACCAAAUUCGCCCCAAUUGGAGUCACCGACAUGUUUAACAGUGGAGGGGCCAUACAAGUGUUGGAGUACAAUGAAGGUGGUGCUACUGGUAAGAAUAAUGUGAAAAUUAAGAUUAAAGGUGGUGGGAAUUUCUUAGCCUACUCGAAUGUGUCACCAAAGAAGUGCUGCUUGAAUGGUGCUGAAGCUGGCUUCGAGUGGUCAGGAGAUGGCAAAUUGGCCUUGAAGCUCCCCUGGAUUGAAGAGGCUGGUGGCAUUUCUGAUGUGGCUUUUAUCUUUUAAAUUCGUGGAUUGGAUUGGUGUGCUAAGGAGUUUGAGUGCCGUUACAAUUAAGUCAUUUUAGUGUUUAAGGUUGCUAUAUAUUGUUGGAUCUGUGGAAGUUAUAUAUGCUCUCCACUAGUAUUUAUACAGUUGGCCAUUAGGGACAAAGAUUUGAUUUGGUUCCUUUGUUAAUUUGCUUUCAUUUUGAGGUUGCUUUUUUCAUCUGUUUUACUAUAUAUAUAUAUAUAUAUAUAUGAAUUGAGAA